AUGAUGCAUCGCCCAGCUGCCAUGUCCGUGUUUCUCCUCAUCACCUCCUGCUUCUUAUUGCUCUUCCUCCCCAUCCACGCGCAGCACCAGACCCAGCCAGCAGCCGCCGCUGGUGGCAACACUGCGGGUGCGAGCUGCUUGCCGCACGAGAGGGACGCCCUGCUGGCUUUCAAGCAUGGUGUCACCAGCGAUCCUGAAGGCCUCCUCGACUCGUGGCGGCGAGACGGCGGCGGCCACAGCGCCGAGCAGGACUGCUGCCGGUGGAGAGGCAUCCGGUGCAGCAACCGGACUGGACUCGUGCGCGAGCUUCGACUUGGCAGCACCGUGUCCAGCAAAGCUUUGGUUGGCCAGAUAAGCCCUUCUUUACUUGCUCUAGAACAUCUGGAACACCUUGAUCUCAGCCAUAACGAGCUUGAGGGGCCAACUGGGCGUAUUCCCGAGUUCAUGGGCUCUCUAAAGAGUCUCAAGUAUCUUGACCUCGCCGCCAUACAAUUUUCCGGCAAGGUGCCUCCACAACUUGGCAACUUAUCAAAGCUGCAGUAUCUGGACCUUUCCUCUAUGGGAGGCCGCCUAAAGGCAACAGACCUCUCAUGGUUAACACGCCUUCCUUCCAUACAACAUCUUAGCCUCAACAAUGUGAACCUUAGCACAGUAAUGGAUUGGCCUCAUGUCAUGAACAUGAUUCCUUCUUUGAGGGCCCUAUAUCUUUCGGGCUGCUCUCUUGCUAGCGCAAACCAGUUGCUACCACGCCUGAACCUCACAAACCUUGAGGAGCUGGAUGCCUCCAGUAACUCCUUCGACCAUCCAAUGUCGGCCAGCUGGUUCUGGAACAUAACAAGCCUCAAGUACCUUGACCUCAGAUCAAAUAGAUUGUAUGGGCAAAUUCCACACAAACUGGGAGACAUGACAUCCCUUCAAGUCCUUGAUCUUUCGUUUAAUGGAGAUGGUGACAAGAACAUGGGCGUCAUGACCACGGACCUUAAGAAUCUAUGCAGUUUGGAGGUCCUGAAUAUUCGCUCGGCUCUCUUAUACGGAGACAUAACUGAGAUGUUUAAGAAUUUGUCUCAUUGCUCGCCGAACGAACUGAAGGAACUAGACCUUGGUUUUAACCAAUUAACUGGGACGCUAGCAAAAUGGAUAGGGCAGUUAACGAGCUUGGUUAAUCUUGAUCUCAGUUGGAACAACAUCACAGGACCUCUCCCAGCGUCUGUUGGUCGAUUCACUGAUUUGAAGCUCCUUGACCUCUCUUACAAUCACCUGACUGGAAAUGUCCCACAUGAGAUUGGUGUGCUCACUAAUCUGACCGGACUGUACCUAAACAAUAACGACUUGGAUGGGGUGAUAACAAAGGAACACUUUGCUAAUGCAACAAGCUUGACAGACAUAGACUUGUCUUAUAAUGCCCUGAAUAUUGAGCUCAGCUCGGAGUGGCAACCACCAUCUCGAUUAAGCACUGCACACUUUGCAGCCUGUCAGAUGGGCCCACUAUUUCCUGGGUGGCUUCGAUGGCAAGUAAGCGUUACUGAUCUAGAUAUCUCGAGUGCAGGCAUAGCUGAUAAGCUUCCAGAAUGGUUCUCCGAUGCCUUUUCAAAUGUUGAACGCUUGAACAUCUCCAACAAUCAGCUCAUCGGAGGCUUGCCGGCCAGCUUGAGCUCCAUGUCCCUUUCUGAACUCUACUUAAGUUCCAGCCAAUUAACUGGUCAGAUACCUGCACUACCACCAAACAUAAGCAUCUUGGACUUGUCCAAUAACUCCUUGUCGGGACCUUUGCCCUCUGGUAGUGGAACUAUGAAUGCAAUUGAGUUGUCAUUGUUCUCUAACAAAUUAAUUGGUCAAAUUCCUGAAUCUUUCUGUAAAUAUGAAGGGUUGGCUGUGUUGGACUUAUCCAAUAAUUUUUUGGAGGGAGAACUUCCGCCAUGCCUCAGUGCUAUGGAAGAUAUGGAAUUUAUAGCCUUAAGUAACAACAAUUUGUCAGGAAAGUUCCCAUCUUUUCUGGAAAACUUUAGAAGUGUGCUAUUCUUAGAUUUGGCCAGGAACAAAUUCACAGGAAGUUUGCCGGUGUGGAUUGGAAACUUAGUAUCAUUAAGAAUUCUACGGUUAAGUCAUAACAAGUUCUUUGGGAGCAUUCCGAUGAACAUCACAAAUCUUGCUUGCCUUCAAUACAUGGAUCUAAGUAACAAUGAGAUAUCAGGCUCUUUGCCGAGCUACCUGUCAAAUCUGAAAGCAAUGAGAAAGACAAACAUGACAGGAAUGUGCUACGUCGAUGAUAUAGAAAACUUCCAUCUCAUUAGUUUGUCUGCAGUCUUGAAGGGGCAGGAACGGAACUAUGGUUCCAUUAGUAGAGUUUUUGACACAAACAUGAUGAGCAUUGAUUUAUCUUCAAACAAUUUAACCGGCAAAAUUCCAGAAGAAAUAAUUACACUUAAUGUGCUAGUGAAUCUAAAUCUGUCAUGGAACCACUUCAUCGGAGUUGUUCCAAACAAGAUUGGGGAGAUGCAAUCUCUGGAAUCACUCGACCUCUCAAGGAACAACAUCUCAGGGGAAAUACCAGCCACUCUGUCAAAUCUAACGUUCUUAAGUUACUUGGACUUGUCGUACAACAAUCUUACAGGAAGAAUUCCAUCGGGGACACAACUAGAUAGCUUGUAUGCAGCAAAUCCAUUUAUGUACAUCGGCAACAUUGGACUUUGUGGGCAUCCUCUCCAAAACAAUUGCUCGAGGGAAGGUGAUGCAUCAAAGCAAGGUCACCUAGGAAGAACAAAAGGUCACGGGAUACAAUUCUUUUAUCUUGGACUUGGGUGUGGCUUCGUAGUUGGUACCUGGAUGGCAUUUGGUGUUCUGUUCUUCAAGCAAAGCUGGAGAAUUGCUUUCUUUCAACUCCAAGACAAGCUGUACGACAAAGUAUAUGUCCUUAUUGCUACAUGGGUAAGGAGAACACAAACUGAUUACCAUGAAGCAGAUGCGAUUGUCGGUGCUCCUUCAAAAUUUAGCCAAGGUAUUCAUGAAUAA